UUGCCCUGAUUCGGCACGGCGUCGGGCACUCGGGCUGCCACAGUUGCUUUGGGCGUUUGUAGGUGCUCCUGCGGUAUUAAGACAAGCGCAUUUCUGAAAUUUUCUCCUGAAAUCAAACCCCGGGGUCUUACUUCGACUAGCAGGAAAUGGCGAAGCACCAUCCCGAUCUAAUCUUUUGCAGGAAGCAGCCUGGUGUGGCCAUCGGCCGCCUGUGCGAGAAGUGCGAUGGCAAGUGCGUCAUCUGCGACUCGUACGUGCGACCGUGCACCCUGGUGCGCAUCUGCGACGAGUGCAACUACGGCUCGUACCAGGGCCGCUGCGUCAUCUGCGGCGGGCCCGGCAUCAGCGACGCCUACUACUGCCAGGAGUGCACCAUCCAGGAGAAGGACAGGGACGGCUGCCCUAAAAUCGUCAACUUGGGAAGCUCCAAGACCGACUUGUUUUAUGAACGGAAGAAGUACGGCUUCAAGAAAAGAUAAUCACUUACAAAUCGGUGUAUCAUGAUCUGGAUGGGUCGCCCAUAAUCAUCUCUUUGUGCGCAUUUGGCACGUGACAGUGUUUUGACAUCGCCGUGCUGUGAUGUCAAUAAAUGACAGACAUGCACGGUAUUUUGCGAUAUGUCUUU